AUGGAGAACUUCCGGACGUUCCUGGAUGCUCGAGGAGAUACGGCGUCGUGGCCGGUGACUCGGCGGAUCGCAGUACUGAAGCAUUGUCUCGGGGCAGAAGGGCAAGCCCAGUACAGAGCGAUCGAACAUCAAGAAGCCACGGGAGAUGACGACUACGAGAAGGCAAUCGACAGACUCAACCGGAGGUUCUCGUCGCGAAAAGAACUGGCGGCGGCCAGGAUGGAUUUCUUCAGUCGGGAGCAGCAUCAAGGGCAAUCGGUCCGAGAGUACGUGGCAGCGCUCCGGAGACUCGCAAACAAAUGCAAGUUCCCCAUGACAGCGGACGACGCAAUCAUCUCCCAGCUCACCGUGAGGACGAACAACGCGAGCGUCCGGAAAGAAUUGCUAGCCUGCAAGGACAACGAGCACUUCGAGGAUGCGGUUGCGGUCGCGGCACGGGCAGAAAUCAACGCGAAAAAAGCGGCGGAGUUCGGAAAUAACGCAGCCCGAAUGACUCCAACCGAAGCGAUGGUCAAAAGGGUUGUGACCCGGAUUCGCAGUGGUGAUUGUUAG